AGGGGGCUUUGACGUGGCAGAGGUGUGUGAGGCGGAAGUAGCUCUCUGUAUACGAGACAAGACAAAUCCAUCCUUUCUGCCUCUCAGAGGUAGAAGCAUUAGUAGUAUAAAUGGCCGGCUGGGCUGGCUUUUCUGAACAUGAGCUUAGGCGGAUUAAGUUGCAGCGAGAAGUACCUCUGGGGCAAACAGAUUGUCCAUCUGAUGCAUUUUUAAGCCGGCAACAGCCUCCAGGAAAGAAAGGUCUGCAGGUACACACUCAGAAGUUGGGUAAGCAGGAUAAAGCGGUUUCUGCACGACCAGGUGAAUCAAAGUGCAUACCAAAGGUUAAUCCACCGCAAAUAGCAAUGCACAAUUCAGCCAAAGUAAAAAAACAUGUUGAAGAAAAACCUGAAGCAUCAGUAACCGAGAACACAGACAAAAAAUCGGAGCCACCCAGUUUGAAUACAAAAUCUGCUGAACAGCAAACUUCAACAAAGGAAAUGGAACUGAAAGACCAAUCUAAUUUGGGUCAACUUCAACUCGAGCAACGCUUAAUAGAAGAAAAAAAUAAGCGCAAGAAAGCUCUCUUAGCAAAAGCCAUUGCUGAAAGAUCAAAAAAGACCCAAGCAGAAGCUGUGAAACUCAAGAGAAUUCAGAAACGGCUUCAAGCCUUGGAUGACUUAGUGUCCACAGACGUAAGCAUUUUACGGAAUCGAAUUGAGCAGGCAUGCAUUGAGUUUUCUCAAGCCAAGAAAAGAUAUGACCGAGCUGAAUCUGAAUAUGUUGCCGCAAAGUUGGACUUGCACAAGAAAACACUGACCAAGGAACAACUAACAGAACACUUGUGCACUAUCAUACAGCAGAACGAGCUACGUAAAGCUAAGCAUCUUGAGGAACUUAUGCAGGAGCUGGAUGUGGAGACUGAUGAAGAGAGACUGGAAUUGGAGAUUGAAGUAGAGCACAUGUUGCAGCUUCAAGAAUCAGAAGCAAAGAAGCAAUUAUUGGCAAGUGCAGCAGAAAAAGACCAACAGCCUUCGAAAAUGCAAGAAGCUACUCCAUCUCUUACAGAAAAUGAGCCAACUGCAGACAGCAAAGCUGUGAUACAAUCUGCACAGAAGCUUGAAGCUAAAAAUGGCCAAGACAAAAUCACUCCUCAAGAGACAAAUCCUUUUCCUAUAGAACAAGAAGUAAAAAAUGCUUCUUGAAUCUCCACUGAAUGACAAUUCAUGUUUUAAAAGCAUUGUGUAUACUAUUUGUUGGAAACACUCUUUACAACUUGGACAUUUUUUAACAUCUGUAGACUAUCCACAAAUCACUAUGCAAAGUUAUGGGCAUGGACUUGAGAAGACAGUGUUGUUGUUUUUUUUUUUUUUUUUUUUUUUUAAUGCAGACUUAAAUCUGAAUUUUUAAAUAAUGCCUUACUUACAAAAAGCAUGAACUUUGUGAAAACUGGGAAAAUGUUUAGGAUUUAGUAUUUGUCUAACACAAAGUAUGCAUUUUUCUGAUUUUUCUGAUUUUUAUUUUUUGCAAUUUAUUUAGCACUGAAAAUUAAAUUAUGCUUUGGUUUCCA